AUGCCACGACUUGAAUUUACUUUGCCCAGAACCAGGCAUGCGGCUCUCCUCAGCCCUGCCGGAAGUGGGCCAUGCCCGCCUUCAAGAGGAAGACACCGCGGCAAUUCGCUGUCUUCCUCCGGAGUCCACGAGGUGCAACGUGUCCACCGGCAAUGGUUCAAGCACUCUCGGCUGCGCAGGUGGCUACAGCGGCAUUAUCUGCUCGGAUUGCGCGGCAGGUCACUACGCCGCCAGCAAUAUGUGCGAGUGUGUCCAAGCAGAGAUGCCAUGCCAGAGCUCUUGCACAUCGCCAUAGCUGCGGCCAGUACUUUGACAGUAGCUUCAGUGUUAGCCUUGUGGCUACAGCGGAGAACGCCGGGAGAACCAAAACUACCCGAAGCAUCUGUGCUGUCGGCGCUGAAAGAGCAGAUCAAGGGGCAGGCGCCCAUCCUGUUACAAACUUGUCAGGUGUGGGCUGUUCUUGCCGUGCUUGCCAAAGAAGAGCAAGCGCAGAGCUCAACAUCCUUGUGGGAACUGCCGUACGUAGAGGUUUUGCAAUUUUCAUUUGACAGCCUGAAGAAUGGCCUGAACUUGCAAUGCCGCUUUGACGCUGCGAGCGUUCGCUUGGCUUCCGCCCUGAUCGCGCCGGUCGCUCCGGUGUUGCUUUUGGUUUCCUGCCUUUCUUUGGAAGUAUACAACGGAUCUGGCAUCCGUGCUGCGUUGAAGGUCCUGACGAUGUUGUACAUUGGGGGGGCGUCCGCAGCAUCAAAGCUGUUGAGCUGCCAAACGACGGACGGGGCAGGCAAUCUCCUCAAGGAGGAGCUUACUUUCCGCAAGUUGCUUCCUCACCUUCGUUGCCACAAUGAUCCUCUUGGACCCUACGUGGAUGCGACAGGCAUGACCACUGCCUUUUGCUACGGCAUUGUGGUUCCCGGAUGCCUCAUAUACUUAUAUGCCAAACAACAUUUUGUGCUUUUACCAGGCAAGGAGACUGUGUCGUUGGCAGCAGACCAUGGUGAUUUGGAAGUGUGGCUGGUGAAAGCAAAAAGCUCGUCACCUGACAAAUCGACUCUCAAGCAUGCGACGUUCACACGGCGCUUGGUGGCAGCGGCUGCGGCCUACAUCUCCGUACUGAAGCGAGGUCGUGUGACUGUGGAAUUGAAGCAGGGCACAGUGAUCGUGAAGCCCAUCGCAGGCGAUUCCUCUCGAACCGAUGAGCUUCCAAGCGCUGGUGCGAUCAGUCUGGCUGCUAAAGUUGACGUUGGCUCCUUGAAGAGCCGAGAACUUGCUGAAGCCAUGAUGGACCGGUGCAUUUUGGAAGAAAACGAAGCAGAGGAGCCGGUCUUGGCGGGCGCCAAAGACAUCUUCGUCAAGUACGCUCGUUGCCGAAAUGUGUACAUGGAAAUCCUGCAGAAAGCUGCCGCCAUCGCGUUGGUGUCAGUGGUACGCAGUGAAGAUGGCGUAGAGCUGUCAGUUGCGAUCACUUUGCUGAUGGCUGCAACAAGCAGAAUGGUGCAGCCGUUUUUGCAGCCACAGAUCAACACUCUCCAAUGCUGCUGCUUUUUGUGCUUGGCUCUGGCGUCACUGAGCUUCAGAUGUCACAUGCCUUGGUUGAGUCGCGUCGCCUUGGCGUUGCCUUUCCUGCUCAGCGCGGUCUUAGCCCUAAGGCCCGACAGCACGGAAAGCCUCUCGGUACGACUCUGGGAGCAGCUGAAGCAGCAGAUUCCAAAGCUGGAAGAUGAUGGCGAAGCAGUGGAGGUCGUCGUCGAGACCUGUAGCUUCAUAUGA